AUGGCUGAUCUCCUUGGAGACGAAUUUACUGAGGCCCGACAUCCUCCUAUUCCAGAUGGACUCUCUGCCGACGACGUCAUUGGAAUCAUCACAGUCCAUGACCCUAGAGCUCUUCAUGGAAAUCGCGACACGGCAUAUAGAAAGUCGCGCUUGAGAGCUCCGCUGCCCAGUGGUGAGUGCUCCUUAGCCGGCUGCCAUGUCUUCCUCCAUGUCAUUCAGGGCCGGCCGUGCUACACAAUGAGCCGUACUGAUUCCAAGAGCGCAUUGCCACCGACACGCGAUGUGUUUCUCCCUGGCACUAGGGUUGGUGUCCAUCAGUUUGAUCUUGUACCAGUAUGGGAGAGCAACAGCUGGCGACUGCAGUCCGCUUCUGAAACCAUCGCGGAGGUGAACGGUGCACCCAUCCAACUCAGCACCCCUCGUACGCGAAAAGUUCCGAACCAGUUGCCGCAGGCAGUUCAUCUGCGACAAAGUUUAGUCAAUCACGUUUCGGUCAAUGGCUUACGAGUCGAUAUCUUCAUGCUGAAGACGGUACGAGAAGUUCACCCAAUUCAGACCUUUCGGCUUGCGGAGCUGCGGCCCCAGUUACAAGAAGUCACCCAUCGCCUAGAGGCUUGGGCACACGAUCGACAUCUACAGCGUCCUGAACAAGUUUCCGUAAAUACAUACCGGAUUCUUGAGCGCUUCACAGGCAAGAUCGAGACGGCAAAAUUCUUUUGCCAUACAGAGAGCAGCCAUGAACUUCGGCACGCUGAAUUUCUCAAGUUCGGGAAGGCCAAAGUUGAUGCAUCUCUUGUUCGUUACCUACAAUCAGUCGAGAUCAAUCAGAUUCCGGCUGUGAUCACUGAGACGCACAAGGGUUUCGAGACAUAUGCGGCUCUAGAAGAGGGCAUCAAGAAUCAACAUCCACGUGUGCGCUUCAUGAUCGCUUCGAAACUUCUGCGACGACUCUUCUCUGCUCUGGCAUUUUUAAAUUUCCACAAGGUUAUCCAUGGAGGCGUUACCAAAGAGGCUGUUCUACUUCGUCUCGUGGACUUUAAACCUGAAGCUGUGCUUUUAGUCGACUAUUCGAAAUCUUACUCGUUCCCCGUUGGCGCGGCUGAGCCUUUCAAGAGGAUGACUGAUGACGGUCGCGCCGCGAUGGAGAUCGUCGAGAGCUGUUGCGAUCUCUGGCAGUUGCGCAAGGCAGCGAGCAAGGAUGCAUCUAGCGAAGAGUUCAUGAGGUCUAAGACUGAGGCUGCGCAUAAAGAGUUCGAGCUCAUGAAGCGUGUAGUCGCAGACUUCUUUGGACCUAGAGGCAUGUCGCGCAAGUCGAAGAAAGGCAAGAAGAUGCUCCGCUUACUGAGUAUGAAACAACAUGGUUGGCACAAGGCCCGCAACGAUCAAAUACACAACGCAACCCGCCGCGAGGUCGGGCCAUGUCGCUCGGAAACAAUCAAGGAAAUGGAACUUGACUGGACGCGUAUGCAUCCAUCCUCGAAGAUUGGUGAUGAGCAACAUAUGCUAUUGACUCUAGGGCACUCUUACUUGGACGGCUUGGUAUCGAUGCUCUACCACAAUAGAUGGGAUCUAAGGCCGAAGGACGUCUGCACCAAGAUCCGAAAGCUCGCUGGCGAUGUGGAAGAGCCAUGGCAGACAUUCCAAGUCAAGCGAACAGCGUCAUUUACACAGGAAGCUGCUGGCUUUGAAGAGCAUUGCAUCUUGGACUGGCUAGCAAGUUGUUGCGAGAUCUGUCCAGAGUGGCGUCACGCAUUCGUUGAGGAAUGUGAGCGCCACAUCUCACCCCAGAAUGGUACAAUCAAGUUUGCGGAUGUAAAGAGGCUUCGAGAUGCUUUGGUAGAAUAUGGAACUAUGCCGGAGUUCAUGCGAGCCACAUUCGUACUUUUGACUGCCGAAGAGAUCAAGAACCAACCAACUACACAGAUCGAGGAAGUCCAUCAGGUGUGGUACCACAAGCCCUCGCGAAUGUUCAACCUGACGCAGUUACAUCGGCUGGCAAGUCCGGAUCGACUUCUCGCGUGCAUCAAUGAGGGUAACAUUGAUUGCAAUAAUUUCGUCGAGGUACGCGGGGAGCCCAAGAUAGAGGGAUUGUAUGCUACUCUGUCCUUGAUAGCCGCCUUUAGUACGCAACUUGGAUUGACAGUGAAGGUUCCAAACACCACGCCAGACUUCCCUCUGUAUGAUCCAGCAGACUUCAGCCAGGUCUUGUACCAUAUCGUCCUCACUCAUACUGGUCUCCUUCCUUGGGCAUCGGUCACUCGCCAGGGCGCUCAAUUCAACUUCCAUGCACCGCUAUCUGCCGAAGCGCCCGAGACUGCUGGGAGGUUUUUGCCGACUUACUUUGGCAGUAUGAAUAUACUGCCAACAGUGCUAUACGGUAGAACAGAGUACUGGCGCCCCGAUCACUGGUCGAAAUUCAAGACUGCAAAAGAACUCGAUGAGGCGGCGGAUUUGGACAAGCGAACGAUUCUGCCGGCGAAGCGUCCAUUGAAGAAAGCCGCAUCGCGACUAGCAAAGUCCCAUCAAGUUCCUUCCUCACAUCCUGAUCAGUCCAUACCCGCUCAAACACUAAAGAUUCGCAAGCAAGCUUUUAGUGAUGCCCAAUUUCCAGCAAAACGCAACGAUGGCGAUCAGUCGUCAGUUGCAGCUAUGCCCGCUGCAAAGCGUCUACAUGUUAUUCCUACCGUCGACAACCCUACUCUAAGCAUUGCACCGUCAGCACCUGCACCAAAAUUCUCGACCUCGUUCGUAAACCGUCAAGUAGACCAUAUGAUAGCCAACAUGGAGCGCCAGUCGCAACCUCCGUCGAAUAGAGUACCCCCUGAUACCUCAAGCAUGACGAACGUGUCUUUUUUCCAGCACAACGGCGGAGUGAACAGAAACAUUCUUGUCAGCCCACCCCCAGCUUCUGCGGCUACAAAGGAUACGUUCACGAUCGUAUCUAAUGGCGACUUCAACCUAGAGGACGACUACAAGCAAGCGGAGGAUUGGCUUAAAGUAAUGAACGAUGACAAUGACCCCCAAGCUGCCGGUAUCUUUGGUCUCAAUUUCCAUCAUAGCCUUCGUCAGCAGGGAGAUGGAUCGGACACUGAGGUGGACGAGUCCUGCGAAGAAGAUUUGGAUGGAGAAACGCCGGCUUGUGGUGGUGAAAAGGCGAAGCAAACAGAUGAUCAACGUCUGCCUAACUCGUCGAUGUCCAAACUCAAGGAGAGCAGCUCGUUCACACCUGGCCCACAAGUAAUGACACCGACGGGUAGGAACAAUGAACCGGCAAUUUCAAAGUCCUUUCCCGGCCGACAAAGCUUCCAAUUGGCGACGCCUAAGAUGAGCAGUCCUAUCUUCGCACGACCUGCCCUCCCAGCAACCUCCUUGCAUAAUGGCAGGGGCCAUCGCCGCAACGACAUCUCCCUCUCGGAUCUUGCUAGGGUUAAUCUUCAUAACCCUCCUGCGCGUUCGAGCCCUCCACCACCGGCAACAGCAAUAAAUCCACCUCGACCUAUUACCUCACCGGAUGAGCUAGACUUCUCUAGCCCUGCCUGGAUGACGAGGGGGCAGGGCAGCGAUGGCGACGACGAUGUGCCUGAUACAGAUCAAGGAGAACAGUGUAGUGAUGACUCUGACUAG